AUGCUAGACAGACUAAAAGUCUAUGCACUUGAUUUCAAGCUAACAGCAGAUAGCGAAUUGCGAAUUGAAACGAAAGUUGUAACAUUUUGGAAUGAAUAUCUUUUGGAUUGUGAAGAGGCUGAGGCAGAAGUACAGUUAAAAGACAUUUUAUGCUUUUCAACUGCAAGUGAAAAGGCACCUCCACUUGGUUUUAACAACAAACCAGAACUACUUUUCCUGCAUGAUGAGGGACUAUUUCCUAAAGCUAACACUUGUGCUCCAAUACUGUAA